CCACGUGACCUGUGACGUGUCACGCUAGUAAAAGAAUUUUUUGAGGAGAAUGCAUUUGCUGCUCAAGGGGGGAUUCAACGGCUUCCCGAGGCUGAGAGGAAGUCCCAAAAAGUAGCUAUUAUUUUUUUAAUAUAUAUUUUAUUUUUACAUUUUACUCCCCGUCUUUAGCGGAUACAAGGAGGGACAAAAGGCUAUGAACUUGUACACUGUUACCCUCAGUGGCCCAGCGCCAUGGGGCUUCAGGCUGCAGGGAGGCAAGGACUUCAGCAUGCCCCUCACCGUGUCAAGGCUGACUCCAGGUGGAAAGGCAGCCCAGGCUGGAGUUGGGGUGGGAGACUGGGUGGUUUCGAUCUGUGAUGCCAACGCUGAAGAGAUGACUCAUGUGGAGGCGCAGAACAAGAUUAGAGCAGCAACAGACUCCCUCACCCUCAGCCUCAGCAGAGGUCCUAAAGUGGGUGAAGAGCGAAAGGAUUCACAUACGGCAAGUUCUGCUCAGCCAAAGUACUCCUUUGCCCCAAGCACAACCAUUAACAAGAUGGCGAGGCCAUUUUCAGCAGGUGGUGGCAGUGCCAGCUCAGGACCCGUUAUUAAACCUGUGGCCUAUUCGCCCAAACUUAACACCCCGCACUCACAGGGCAAUGCCAGUACACAGCAGCCACAGAAUGGCCUUGAGCCAACUACCUCUUCUCCAAAGACCCAGGCUGCGGAGAAACCAGAUGGAUCUAAAACCGGAGCUGCAGCGGCACCGCCACGCUCUGGACCAACCUCCCGCCCGCCCUGGGUCACAGACCCGGGCUUUGCCGAUCGCUUUCACCCCGACAAGACCAGCACCGUGGUGACCCAACACCAGCAGCCUGCCCAACUCACACCCAAGCAGAACCGCAGCUCCAUCAUGCAGGCGGCGCAGCAGGCACCCGAGGACAGCGGCAGGACCCCAGUGUGUGGCGCCUGCAAUAAAAUCAUCAGGGGUCGGUACCUGGUGGCGCUGGGUCGCUCCUGGCACCCAGAAGAGUUCACGUGCUCACAGUGUAAGGCGGUCCUGGAGGAGGGCGGCUUCUUUGAGGAGAGAGGCUCCGUCUACUGCACCAAGUGCCACGACAACCGAUACGCGCCCAACUGUGCCAAGUGCAAGAAGAAAAUCACAGGGGAAAUCAUGCACGCCCUCAAGAUGACCUACCACGUUCAGUGCUUCAAAUGUGCCGCCUGCAAGACUCCCAUCAGGAACCAGGCCUUUUAUAUGGAGGAGGGGGAGCCCUACUGUGAGAAAGACUACGAGAAGAUGUUUGGCACCAAAUGCCACGGUUGCGACUUCAAGAUUGAUGCCGGCGAUCGUUUCCUGGAGGCCUUGGGCUUCAGCUGGCAUGACACGUGCUUCGUCUGUGCUCUCUGCCAAAUCAACCUUGAGGGUAAGACGUUCUACUCGAAGAAGGAUAAGCCGCUGUGCAAAAGCCACGCUUUUGCUCCAGUGUGAGAGAUGCCAGCUGCAUCUGCAGAGAGAACAACUUCUGCCUCCACCUCCUCUUUACCCCGUUUUCGCCCUCUGACACGCUCAACAUUGCCAACCACACAGCAAGUUCAACUCUCUCUUUUUUUUUGUAUCCUGCAGACUUUGUGCAUUUCAGAGGCUUCAUUCUGGCUCCACAUACUGUCACCUUCUUAGGGAUUCUAAAACACUCCAGAUGUCACUUUGAAAUUAACAUUUCGCUGCUUUACUGGAACUAGUAGAGAAAUGAUUUCAGCUCCUCAUUUCUUGAUUCUUUAAAAAAAAAAAGUACUUUUUUGUUUUUCCACCAAGCAGUGGACAAAUUUCAGCUAUAAACUUCAGUACUGAGUGCAGAGAAGAUCCUGAAAGGCUCCGCCCACAACAAGGCCGGUUUAGCAGAACAUUAUCGUUGAAACGUUGACAAAACCUCACGAUUUCUUUCUGCUCUUCCAUCUCGUGUUCUUGUUCAGAUAAAUAUAGGUCAAAAACACGGGGAGUAAAGAUUAUUAUGUAUUUUCCACAUCACUCAUUUUCAUCAAAGUGAUUUUAUUUUCUGUCGCUUGUAUGUUGAAAGUUUCAAAUAAAACCCUUUAACCUGCAA